AUGGCUUCCCACGAAGCAGCUCCCGUUACAUGCUCUUGUGCAUGGGACUCAAUUGGCACCACGCUGUCACAUGCACCGGCCCACGCCAUAUAUGGAUUUUAUCCCGCGGGCCAACGACGCCGACGGGUUCCAAUCCAGCAACUUUCCCUCGCAAACGCGGCAUAUCGCGCACUGUCCAGUCGGAAAACACCACAUAUCCGCGCAACAGAGACAGUGCGCGCGGUCUCUCAUCCGCCCGUAGAAAUCGCCGGAUACCCCGUCACACGAGCCGCGGCGUCGAACGCACCAGAGCAUCUUACGGCUGCCAAUCGCAUCCUUCUAAUCGGUGAUACGCAUCGGGCAUAUGACUUCACGGGCGGGAGGAAAUCUGAGAUGGCGAGCCAGAACCAAGGACGCCGUGGAUCCAUACGGCGAAUCGCGAUUGCGUUCGGUUGGAACCCGAAGUCUAUGGCACCCUCUGAGCGGAUGGCCUUCUCGCCCUCGACAUCGACGUCUAUUGCCCUCGGUGCGAAGAUCCCCCCGGGACCGGUCGCGUCAGCAGCCCGUACCAUUCGGCAUUACGCAUUUGGUGGUGGUGGUUGUCUCCUUGUCUCCGCCGCAGCUGACCUCUAUUCCGGUGCAUUUCUCGCUCGAAACCCGGAUUGUCCGGUGUUGCGUGAGCCGAGGAUAUUCACCGGAAGCCGGUCCCCCUCGAGAACAGCUCAACAGAUUACUCGGACACGGAUGGAAUAA